GUAAGCAUUUCACGGUAAGGUGUACUACACCUGUUGUAUUUGCCGCAUGUGACAAAUACAAUUUGAUUUGAUUUGCGGUGGAGAAAGCAGGCAGGGACGGAAUGAAUGACAUUGCCUUUCUAAACAAAGACGGGGACAGUUUGCCCACUGAGCCCAGAAAGCAGAGCCCAGUGGUAUCUGGUGCCACCAUGUUAUGCGGUUAUCUGGACAAAAUGAGCGGGCCACUGAAGGUCUGGAGGUCCCUCUGGUUCAUAUACAAGGAGAAUGAGUGUCAGCUGGUCUACUACAAGUGUGCCCAGGACGUGAAUCCACUGGGAUGGAUUGACCUGUCCAACGCCAUACUUGGAGACCUACCGCAGGCAGACCAGGGGACCUUCUACAUUCAAACGCCCGAGCGCACCUUAACCCUCAAGGCUGUGAAUUGCGAGUCUAUGAUAUACUGGCUGAAGCAGCUCCAGUUGAAGAGGUGGCAUCAUCGGAACAUUUCUGGAAAGCUGGGAAAGGUCACCAGUCACCACGCACUACGACAAUACACCACACUGAGUGACGUCCUUCUCAGACAUCCUCGGACAUGAAUUCAUAGGGAAAACGUACACCGGAGCCGCUCCUCCCAGGAGCUCAGCCACGGCCUCAACUGGGAGGAACUCUGGGACCCGUUCCUGCCACUCAAAGAUAUCCAGGCCCCUCCAUAUUUUGACCAGGACAAAUCCCGUAGGUCUCUCCUAGGCCACCUGAUCCACCUUUUUGAGUGUUCACAGAUAUGAAAGGACUGGAUAGGUGAAAGCAAUAUGGCAGAGGCCACCUCUGUAAUUAACAGUAUAUUUUUAAAGUAAU